AUGUGGUGGUGGCUGUUUUAUGUCUUGAGCAGUUUGAUUUUUGUUUUUGUUAUCAUAUACUUGAGCAUUUGGCAACGCUACAAGGUUUUUAGCGAGACGUGCCUUAGGCCCCCAGGACCCUUUGUGAACGAUGAAAAAAAGCGGGAUGAAAGGCUCAAGAGAGGAUUCCGCAUGGAUCGAGUUCCCCAUGCUCUGGAUGCUGUGGUUAUUGGCAGCGGUGUGGGUGGUUUGACAGCAGCAGCCGUGUUGUCUAAGGCUGGAAAGAGGGUUCUUGUUUUGGAACAACACGAUCAGGCUGGUGGCUGUACUCACACCUUCCAAAAUAAGGGAUUUGAGUUUGAUGUUGGCAUUCAUUAUCUUGGCCAGCUUCAUGAGAACAGCCUGCUUAAGGUUGCUCUGGAUCAGAUCACAGAGGGCCAGCUGCAAUUUACUCGUCUUGAGCAACACUUUGAUACAUUGUUCGUGGGCCAGCCUGGAAAACACAGGGAGUAUCGUUUGCAUGCAGGGAAGACUGAAAUGGCAGCUAGCCUGAAGAAACAGUUCCCAGGGGAGGAGCACGCUAUUGAUGAGUUCUUUAGGUUAAUGAAGUUAGCAUCAAAACGGACUCCACUUGUUGCCACUUUGAAGAUUAUUCCUUAUUGGCUGGUCAACUUCCUGGUUCGGACUGGUCUAUUAGAUUUGAUAUCUAGCGUGUUCCGCCUAGCAACCACAAACCACUCUGAAUUAAUGUCACGUCUCACAGAAAAUAAAGACCUCAAGGCCUUAUCUGCCUACCUUUUCUAUGGUGUGCCUCCUAAUCAGUCCAGCUUUCUCAUCAAUGCACUCCUCCUUCACCACUACAAACGCGGCGCAUACUAUCCUCGAGGAGGUGCGAGUGAAUUUGCCUUUCACAUCAUCCCUGUCAUUCAGAAGACAGGGGGUACUGUCUUGGUCAGGGCGCCAGUGCAGCGGAUACUACUAAACCAGCAAGGGAAAGCUCGCGGAGUGACAGUGCUGAAAGGACAAGAGGAGAUUGAGAUUCAUGCUCCUGUUGUCAUUUCCAAUGCUGGAAUCUUCAAUACUUUCCAAAAGUUUUUGCCACAGCACAUACAAGAAAGAUCAGAGAUCCAGUCAUUAUUGAGUAUGGUGCGCCAUGGCAUGGGUUCCUUCUUGGUCUUUGUUGGUCUGGAUGGAACCAAAGAAGAGCUGGGAAUCGUUUCGACCAACUUCUGGAUGUAUAAAGAUAAUGACUUGGAUGCACUAAUGGAAAAAUACUCUUCUCUAAAGAAGGAGGAGGUAUUGGGGAACAUACCAAUGAUGUUCAUCACCUUUCCAUCGGCCAAAGACCCCACAUCCAACAUUCGACAACCAGGAAAGUCCUGUAUGACGUUGUUAACCAUGGCUCGCUAUGAGUGGUUUGAGGAAUGGGAAGGGACAAAGAUUGGCAAGAGGGGACAGGACUACCUGGAUCUCAAAAACCAAAUGUCUCAGGAGCUGCUAAAGUGGGCCUUAACCAUCUUCCCCCAAUUAGAAGACAAGGUCGUUAUGAUUGAGGCUGCAACCCCUCUGACUAAUGUCCACUAUUUGGGUGCACCAAGAGGUGAGAUGUAUGGUGCUGAACACAAUUUGGAGCGCUUCACCCCUGAAACGGUUGCAAGGACCAGACCACAAACACCAAUCAGUGGCCUGUACUUAACAGGUCAGGACGUGUUCUGUAAUGGCAUGGCUGGAGCUUUACACGGCGGACUACUUUGUGCAUCGGCUGUCCUGAAUCAGAUCCUCUAUAUUGAUCUUCUAGCUCUUAAAACACGCCUUAAAAAGAAGCAGGCAAAACAUAAGAUCACCUGA